UACACAUUGUAUAUGUCUAUGUGCAGAUAGAUUUGUAUGCGUGUAUAUGUAUUAUUUUCAUCUUUAUUUAGAAGGGAUAUGGGAAACAGGAAGACUAUGUUAUGAAUUACUGAAUGGAACAGGUGUGUGAUUGGUCAGUGUGGUAGAGAGCUCAAACACUGGCAUCAUCAUUCCAAAGAUGAAGGAAAGCUCUGUGAUGUCACAACUAGAGUCGUGCUUGUGAUGUCAUCAGCACUGUAUGUAUGCAGCAAACUUCUACAUUCUUGUCAUUGCUUGCUACAUCACUGACGUACGCAAAGCCCUUUGAGAGUCAAACAGUGAGUUUGUUUUUCCAGGAUUGAUUUGAACAAGUAUUGUUUUGCCGAAGCAUGUCCUAUCAAAGGCCACAAUACUCCAACGGUGGGAUGAGACCCCAGCCGUGGGAUGGGAGAGUCGGACAUCAACUUCUCAAUGAUUACCAGAGAGAGCUGCAGAGACUUGGCUCUCUUCUGGAAAUGGAGAGAGCCAGGUGGUUUGAAGAGAACCAAAAGGUUGCCUAUGUCCAGAGAGAGCUGGACAAUGCCAGAGCAGAGUUAAAAAGGCAGGAAAGACUGAAGGAGAUGACGAGACAACCGACAGCAGAAGAGGUUUCUAACUCCGAGUUUCUCAGCCGUGCUGCCAUCACAUCCCAGGUGCAGAAUGGCAUAAAGCACAAGCGGAAAAUGCAGCUGCAGCAGGACUUUGAGCAACUGAAGGCCGCUCACAUCGCCAGCAAAGAAGCAACCCAGGCAGAAAAAGAAAAGAGUGAUGCCCUUCAACAGCAGCUGGACCAAAUGAAGAGUCGGUACGAGGAGCUUCAAGCAAAAUGUGAAGCCGCAUUUGAGGGGAACCUGCAGGUUGAUAUGCAGCUAUUUUAUGAAGAGAGAAUCAGGCAGGAGCAACAUAUCUCUCAAAACCUGAGAGCCGAGAAGAACGAGCUCCAGGAGAAACUGUCCAAAGAGAUCGCCUGCCUGCAGGAAACCGAGAGAUGUCUGCAGAGUCAGCUGGAGCUGUCUGAGAUUUCAUAUCAGGAACUGAACAAGAGACAUGAAGCAGAAGUUUCUGCGCUCAGACAGAAAGCAGAACAUUGUCAAUAUGAGGUGAAUUGUGCUAAAGAACUUAAUUUGGAGAGAGCAAAACAUGAUCACCAUCUCAUUAACACACUGAGAUUAGAAAAGAACAGUCUGAAUCAGAGUGCAUCACAAGAGUUCGCGCUCCUGAGGCAGCAAUCCACAGAGGCAAUACAACAUCUACAGAGUGAACUGGAGCAUGCUAGAGUUUCAUACCAGGAACUCAGGGCCACAUACGAGAGGGACGUUUCUGCUAUGAGACAGAAAGCAGAACUAUUUGAGCAGGCGCUAGAUAAAGAGAAGGAAGCCCACUCGCAGAACAUGAAGAGCAACCUUGACAAGAUCAACGAACUUGGAGCCGAGAUGGAAAAUAUGAAAACGGCGCUAAAAGACAGGGAAGAGCCCGGACCUCCAAGAAGAAAAGCGGCCAGGCGCCUAGAACAAAAUAAGGAAAAGGAGACUGUCCCUGCAAAAACCUCCUCUGACAAUGAAUCUCUGUCAGACAAAAGGGAAAGCGCAGAUCCUGAAGCAGUGGAGGCAGCUUCAGUGCGGAAACUGAUGCGACAAACUUUGACACUGAAGAAACAACAAAAAACAAAUAGAAGGAAGAGAAUGUCCAAAACAUGCAAUUAGCAAAAAGUCCAGAUAAGCCCUGAACCGUUUCCAAAACCUCCAAAUGCUUCUCACAUUUUAGACCAAAAAAAAUAAAUAUGGCCGAGGGUU